UUGGGACUGUCAGUGAAGACUAAUACUAAAUGUGCGAUAAUCUAACGAUCGCCACAAACCGAGAGCUCAACACGUUGCCGGGCAGCCUUGCGGUGACGUCAUUACCGGUGCGACGGCGUGGCCCUGGGCCGGGAGUCUCGGGAUCCGCUUUCGAAGGCUUUUCAGGCACAUAGUAUGGAGACUCUGAGCUGUCCUAUGGCUGUAGCGAUAUUGGCUGGAAUAGGAUCUGGCAUGUGCCUGGGUUGGAUGGUUCGUGGGCGAUUUGUUGGACCUUUAAAAACCUCACUGCAAAGCACAGCGAUGGAAACCAGUGUCAUGGGAGAGAGCGGCGAGUACAAGAUGGUGCUGGUAGUUCGUAAUGACCUGAAGAUGGGCAAGGGGAAAGUGGCGGCGCAGUGUUCACACGCAGCAGUCUCCGCGUACAGGCAGCUCCAGGUGCGGAAUCCCAAUCUGCUCCGGCAGUGGGAGUACUGCGGGCAACCCAAAGUGGUCCUCAAGGCACCUGACGAAGACAGCAUCAUAAGCUUAUUGAUGCAGGCCAAGGAUCUGGGGCUGACCGUAAGCUUGAUCCAGGACGCUGGGCGCACUCAGAUAAAAUCUGGCUCACGCACGGUGCUGGGCAUCGGUCCAGCCUCGGCAAAGCUGGUGGACCAGGUUACAGGACACCUGAAACUGUAUUGAAGUAUAUCUGUGCCUUGACUGAAGUUGCAGUUGGACUGACUCAUGAAUCUGAGACCCAUUACCUGGACAGUUAGUGGUAUUUCUCAGUAGGCAGGCUCCAGGACACUGAGCCAAGUCAGUCCAAAUUAUUUGGGGUUGAUGCUGUGCUCUGCAUUCAUUGGAACAUAGAACCAUACAGGCCCUUCAACCCACAAUGUUGUCCUACACCUUUUAACCUCCUCCAAUAAGAAUCUAACCCUUCCCUCCCACAUAGCCCUUCAUUUUUCUAUCAUCCAUAUGCCUAUCUAAGAGUCUCUUAAAUGUCCCCAAUGUAUUGGCCUCUACCACCACCAUCACCCCUGGCAGCAUGUUCCACACACCCACCACUCGUAAAAACCAAAAAAAAUCUACCUCUGAAAUUGCCCCCUAUACUUUGCUCCAGUCAGCUUAAAUUUAUGUCCAACUGUACUAAUUGGAUAAGAAUUAUUGUAGUAUCGGUCAUUUUUGCUAAUUACUUGAGUGUUUGGACAAAUUAAUGAACAGCAGGCAAGUGGCGAACAGGAGCGACAUGGUCAGUAAGCACGGCCCACUCGUUUCCAUUGCCCUCUGAGGAGGUGCAGUGUUCCUGGCAGCUAUCGGUAAUAUGCAGCAAAGCUACUCAGCACCAGCUUGAGGACUGGAGGUGCAGAUUUCCCCUGUAAGAAGUGCCCAGGCUUUUCGGAGCAACAACCUCUCUCCUUCCCAUCUGCUCCCCACCCUCGCCAACCACACUCCUGUUUGCUCACAUUGUACAAAUACAUUCUUUGUUGGUUACAGGAAUUUUAACAUUCCAAGCUGUCCCAGGGGCUGGUCAUAGGCUGAAUAUUGAUAACUCUUUACAGCCUUGCUGACCAGAACCAUAUCGACUGGCGGGAGUUACCUGGGUGGCUGGUUUAUUAAAAUAAAGCAAAUGUCAAAAAUAUUGCCUCAACUGGCUCAUUUCUGUAGAUGGGUCCUGUUCACGAGAUGUAUGUCACAGCUAACUGGGUAACUUCUUCACUUUUAACUUCCCACACACUGAAUAGUGGUGAACCCAGUUGCAGAGAAAAGUCACAAAAUUAGAGGGUCCAAAAAAACUCAUGGGCAAAGGGGAUGGGAGGUUCCCGAGGAUUGGAGGGUUGCAGGUGUGGUUCCCUUAUUCAAGAAAAGGAGUAGAAAUAGCCCAGGAAAUUAUAGACCAGUGAGAUCCUACUUCAGUGGUUGCUAAGUUGAUGGAGAGGAUCUUGAGAGACAGGAUUUAUGAACAUUUGAAGAGGCAUAUUAUGAUUAGGAAUAGUCAGCAUAGCUUUGUCAAGGGCAGGUUGUGCCUUACAAGCCUGGUACCCCAUGCAAGGCUUAUUCAGAAAGUAAGGAGGCAUGGGAUCCAAGGGGACAUUGCUUUGUGGAUCCAGAACUGGCUUGCCCAUAGAAGGCAAAGAGUGGUUGUAGACGGGUCAUAUUCUGCAUGGAGGUUGGUGACCAGUGGUGUGCCAACAGAUCAGGGAUCUGUUCUGGGAUCAAUUCUCUUCGUGACUUUUAUAACUGACCUGGAUGAGGAAGUGGAGGGAUGGGUUAGUAAAUUUGCUGAUGACACAAAGGUUGGGGGUGUUGUGGAUAGUGUGGAGGGCUGUCAGAUGUUACAACGGGACAUUGAUAGGAUGCAAAACUGGGCUGAGAAGAGGCAGAUGAAGUUCAAAAGAUAAGUGUGAGGUGGUUCAUUUUGGUAGGUCAAAUAUGAUGGCAGAAUAUUGUAUUAAUGGUAAGACUCUUGGCAGUGUGGAAGAUUAGAGGGAUUUUGAAGUCCAUGUCCAUGUUCAUAGGACACUCAAAGCUGCAUUGCUGGUUGACUGUAUAAGAAGGCAUACUUCAUCAACUAUGGGAUUGAGUUCAAAAGGUAAUGUUGCAGCUAUAUAAGACCCAGGUCAGACCCCACCUGGAGUACUGUGCUCAAUGCUGGUCACCUCACUACAGGAAGGAUAUGGAAACUAUGGAAAGGGUGCAGAGGAGAUUUACAAGAAUGUUGCCUGGAUUGGGGAACAUGCCUUACAAGAAUAGGUUGAGUGAACUCAGCCUUUUCUCCUUGGAGCGAUGGAGGAUGAGAGGUGACCUGAUGGGAGAUGUUGAUCAUGUGGAUAGUCAAAGGCUUUUUCCUAGAAUUGAAAUGGCUAACGUGAGAGGGCACAGUUUUAAGGUGCUUGGAAGUAGGUACUAAGGAGAUUUGGGGGUAAGUUUUUUACUCAGAGAGUGGUGAGUGCAUGGAAUGGGCUGCCAGCUACGGUGGUGGAGGCGAAUACGGUAGGGUAUUUUAAGAGGCUCCUGGAUAGAUUCAUGGAGCCUAGAAAAAUAGAGGGCUAUGGGUAACCCUUGGUAAUUUCUAAAGUAAGGACAUGUUUGGCACAGCUUUGUGGGCUGAAGGGCCUGUAUUGUGCUGUAGCUUUUCUAUGUUUCUGAAGUCAAAAUCCAAAAAAAAACAUCAACUAGAGAUUCCUACAAAGGCCAGGCUUUACUUUAAUUUUUUGUUCAGAACAUGAUGAUUCGAAGACUGAACAAAGAAACAAGAGACAAAGGACUGGUAUAGAAGACACAGGUGACCGGAUGAACUGAAGAAGUCAGCCAUGUCAUCUCUGGUGACCAAUUUGAGGUGUGACAAUGUGCGGUAAUGAAAGAACUUUACCGUGUGUGUCAGGCUACAUUUCAGAGCUGUCUCAUUUUGCUGUGAAGAGUUUCAUGUUGGGAUUGUGCUGCCUAAGAAACUGGAGCAGGAGUUUUCUAAACUCCCUAACUGAAUAAAUACUAAUCUGAAUUUUGAUUCCAGAGAAUUUCAAGGAUAUACUGUGGUUGGACUGAAUAUGUACAAUGGAGAAGAAGUUCCUUUGAGCCACCAAAUCCACAUUCACCUCCAGGCAUUCUUUCACACUAAUUCCCAUUUUAUCCCCCCCCCCCCCAACACACAGGGACAAUUAACCAAUAACCUCGUAUGUUUUUAAGAUGUGGGAGGAAACUUGUGCAGUCGCUGUAAAAACGUUCAAACUCCACACGGACAGCAGCCGAGGUCAGGAUUGGACCCAGGCUGACGGGCAGCAGCUCUGCUAGUUGUGCCAUUAUUUCCUCUCAACUCUAAAUGCAUGAUACCUCGAAACCGAGCUAUUUUUAUCAAAAGGGUAAACAGCCUUGUGACAUAAGGAAACAGGAGCUGGAGUCAGCCAUCUGACUCAACAAGCUGCUCCACCAUUUAAUAACAUCCUGACCUUUUCAUGUAUCAACUCAGCCCCACCUAUCUGCCUUUUCCCCAUAACCCUUAAUUCCCCUACUAUGCAAAAAUCUAUCUAACUAUGAAUAAAUAUAUUUAAGGAGGCAGUCUCUACUGCUUCCCUGGGCUGAGAAUUCCACAGACUCACUAUUCUCUGGGCAAAGUAAUUUCUCCUUAUCUUCAUCCUACAUCUGUUCUCACAAAUCCGUCCCCAAGUUUUAGUCUCAAUAACCACUGGAAACAUCUUUGCUUGCCUCUAUCUUAUCUAUCUCUUUCAUAAUUUUAUAUUUUUGUAUGAGAUCCCCUCUCAUUCUAAAUCCCAAAUAUAUUCCCAAGCGACUCGAUCUCUCUUACUCACGGGUUAACCCCGACAUUUAUCCAAGGAAAGUUCCUCCCUUUUAAACUGCAAGGAGCAUUCUGAAUCUUCAGUCAAUCCAGUCAACUCCAACUAACACAGCAGACCUUCCUGGCAUCCUGUGGUCCUCUGUAGCCAUAAGGUAUAGGAGUAGAAUUAGGCCAUUGGGACCAUCGAGUCUGCUCUGCCAUUUCAUCAUGGCUGAUGCAUUUUCCCUCUCAACCCCAAUCACUUCUCCCCGUAUCCCCUCAUGCCCUGACCAAUUGAGAAUCCAUCAACCUCUGCCUUAAAUAUACCCACGACUUGGCCUCCUCAGCUGCCUAUGGCAAUGAAUUCCGCAGAUUCACCACUCUCUGGCUAAGGAGAUUCCUCCUCGUUUCCGUUCUAAAAGGACACCCCUCUAUUCUGAAGCUGUGUCCUCUGGUCUUAGACUCCCACCAGAGGAAACAUCCUCUCCACAUCCACUCUAUCAAAGCGUUUCAACAUUUGAUAGGUUUCAAUGACGUCACCCCUCAUUCUUCUAAAUUUCAGUGAGUAGAGGCCCAAAGCCAUCAAACCUCCUCUUAUGACAAGCCUUACAAUCCCAGAAUCAGAACCACACACAAUACUCACCAGUGCUUUAUAAAGCCUCAACAUUACAUCCUUGCUUUUAUAUUCUAGUCCUCUCAAAGUGAAUGCUAAUACCAUUUGCCUUCCUCGCGACCAAUAACCUGAGCACUCUGUGAAUGAGCCUUUCCCAGUGAUUUAUGAAAACUUCUAGGACAUACUAUUAGCUUUUCAGAGUCUUAUUAAUUUCAUUUCUGUACGAUGACUUUCUUUUCCCCAAAUCUCUUGCCACCACAUACAGUACAGUGCAAAAGUCUUAGACACGCUGGAUUUUUUAUACAUCAUGGCCUCAACAGAGCCCUGAUCUCAACAUCAUUCCAUGGAGAGACAGAAGAACUAUGGCAAGUUCUCCAAGAUGCUUGGAACAACCUACUGGUCGAUUUUCAUAUAAAACUGCACCGCAGUGUACCUAAGAGAAUUGGUGCAGUUUUAGAGGCAAUCACAACAAAUAUUGAUUUAAUUCAGGUUUUUUUAAAAGAACAGUUUACUGGUCAUUAUGAAACUUUUUUGAUAAUUAGAAAUUUUUCAUUGCUUUUGAGAGCGUCUUUGCUUUACAGAUUUUUUUACAUGUGCCUAAGGCUUUUGCACAAUACUGUAAAUUAAAUUUUCACUGUUAUAAACAGAAUUUAUUGCCAUCACUUUAAACCAAUGAAUUAGUGAUGAGUCAAGGCACAUUAUAUUGCACAUAAAUGCCCUACAUAAUUUACACUACAUUCUACAUUUGUACCUUCAGGUCCUUUAAGUUAAAUAAGAGUUUAAGAAUCUAGAUCUGCAUGAGUUUCUUCAAUUCACUUUAAUUUUAAAGUUAUUCCUUUAGAAAAAUUUGACUUCGGUCAAAGUUUUAUCUCUUGGAUCAAAUUGCUGUAUUUGAGUCCUACUGCCUCUGUUUUGACUAAUUUUCAGAAAUCCCAGUUAUUUAACCUCAAACGUGGCACCCGUCAGGGAUGCCCUUUAACUCCCUUUCUCUUUGAUAUGGCUAUAGAACCUUUGGCGAUAGCAUUUCGAAAUUGUCCUGAAUUGACGGGGAUUUGGAGGGGGGGUGUUGAAAAUAAAGUUUCUCUUUACGCUGA